AUGUGGAUCGAAAUUCAGUAUCAAACGUAUACUUACUGGUUGUUAUUAGAAUUUUUAAUUCAUUGUGUUUUGCGCGAAAAGCGAAAUUUUACUUGCGAUUGGAAGUCCGAAUUUAGGAAAAAUAUUAACUUGUGGAAAAUCGUGUCCCGCUCAGCUUCAUUGUUAAUAUGUUCAUUCCAUAAAUUUAAAUUAUUUGAAUAA